CACCUAUAUCUGCGUAUAAUCAGGUGCUUCAAUCUUGAACGUGCAUUUUAAAACGAGCUACUCCUAAUCUACAUUUCUAGUACAUCAUUAUCUCGAAUUUAAUUUAAUCUAAGAAAAUUAGCUGAAUGUAAGACCUCAUAUAUAAAUCGGAAAUGUUGUUUUAGAGUGACCAUUAUUUAUUUAGUGGACAAAACAUAUUGCACUUUACUCGGUUAACGCUGCAUUGUUUUACAAUUCCUAGAAAGUAUAUUUUUAGAACUCGGAAACAGCAGAAGAAAUACCUGUUUAAUUUUAUGUUAGUUAUGCAAGUGUCGAAUAGAUGAGAAUGAUUGAUUUUCUCUGUGAAUGAAAGUAUUGAUUGAUCUUUAUAAAUAUGACCGAGUCAAGUGUUUCAUCAACCCAAAAUCUACAUAAAAAAGAUGGUGAACUUCCAAGAAUUCCAACCACUGGUAGGUGGUUGGACAAAAUUCGUCCCAUGGAUCUAGUAAAAACAAGGAUACCACUUUUACAAUGGGCACCAAAGUACAAAUUGUCCUACUUCUUGAAAGAUUGCCUUGCCGGCUUCACCGUAGCCUUGACUGAGAUACCACAAGGCAUAGCAUACGCUAAAGUAGCAGGUUUGGAUCCUGUGUAUGGACUAUACAGUGGAUUCAUGGGAUGUUUUAUAUAUUUCAUAUUCGGUAGCUGUAAAGAUUUGAACAUAGGACCAACUUCUAUAUUGUCUCUGAUGAUACAAAGCCAUGUGUACAAUUUAGGACCAGACAUGGCUGUGUUGAGUACGUUCACAACAGGCUGCAUCAUAUUCCUUUUAGGUUUAUUCAAUUUAGGUUUUGUAGUGGAAUUUUUUUCUUACCCUGUGAUAGCUGGCUUCACUUCAGCUGGUGCCUUACAAAUAGCUUCUUCCCAGCUCAACAGCCUUUUUGGUAUAGAUAAGAAAUCUAGCGAAUUUGUUGAAGCUUGGAAGGUUGUAUUCCAAAAUUUAGAUUCUAUAAGGUGGACAGACACUACUCUAGGUCUUCUUAGCAUUGUUGCCUUGAUGGUAUUGAGGGAGUUCAAAAGAUUAGGAUCUCUGAAAUAUAGACCUGAGUUGUCUACAGGUCGAAACAUCUUUUCUAUAACCUCAUUUAUGCUCUUCCUAUCCAGAAAUGCCCUUAUUGUCAUAAUUGGUACGGUUCUAGCGUACCUUUUGGAAGAAUCAGAUGGACAAUAUCCUUUCAGGAUAACUGGAAAUAUUACUGAGGGUGUUCCAUCAUUUAAACUACCUCCAUUUUCUACUGUAUACCAUGGACACAAUUAUUCUUUUUCUGAUAUGACGAAAGAACUUGGCUCAACAAUUAUUUUUGCGCCUUUGGUGGCUAUAUUAGAGACUGUGGCUAUCGCUAAAGCCUUUGCUGGAGGUAAAACUUUGGAUGCUACGCAAGAGAUGUUUGCUGUUGGUGCCUGCAACAUCAUGGGUUCUUUUGUGAGCUCUAUGCCUGUAACUGGGUCCUUUACCAGAACAGCUGUCAACAAUGCAUCUGGUGUUAUAACGACCUUUGGAGGUGUUAUAACAGGACUACUCGUACUUCUAGCCUUGACAUUCAUAACUUCAACCUUUUACUACAUUCCAAAAGCCACCUUAGCGUCUGUUGUUAUCUGCGCUAUGUUUUAUCUGUUCGAUUUUGAAGCCUUCGUCGUUUUGUGGAGGACAAAAAAAUCUGAUCUCAUACCUCUGUUGGUAACGUUUUUGGUUGGUGUGUUCUGGAGCCUGGAGAAUGGCAUCCUCAUUGGCAUCUCUUGCAACCUUUUAUUUGUCCUGUACAGCAGUGCACGUCCAAAAUUUUUUAUAGAACAGCUUACCUGUGGUGGAAGAUGUGUCUAUCUAGUUUCUCCUAAAACUUACGUGCAGUUUCCUGCAGCUGAGUAUUUAAGAAAGAUCAUAGCUGAGUCAUGCACCGUUGAAGGAAUUGUUGUAGUGAUCAAUGGGAAAAAUAUUGGAAAUAUUGAUGCUACAGUUGCUAGGAGUUUCUCAAUUUUAAGAGAAGAGGUGGAGAAAAGAAAUCAAAGGUUGCUCUUUAUCGAUCUCAAACCUGUUAUAAGGCAAACACUCCUCAACAUGGAUGCCAGUUUGGUCCAAAUAAUUGUCGAUACUUCACUUGAAGACGCUAUAAGAAAAAUCAAUGAAAGUAGUGAUUUUUCAUCACUAUCAUCUGUGACGUGAGCAGUCCACAACGUUGGAGGAAAUUGAAGAUUUUUGAUUCCAGAAAAUUGGAAGAGCUCAGAGUAUUUGACUCA